UCCCUGACUUUUAAAAGGUCGGGCGAAGUAAGAUCAAAAAUCCCACAACUGAAGCAAGAGAAGUAGCAUCGUAGUUCCGUUAUUUUGCAGUUUUCUAUGUGAUGUAGCAGAGAGGAAGAGCUAACAAUCGCAGAUCUAGGACAUUUCAAGAUCUCGUCUUGCCAUUGAGGGAUUUUAGCCUUUUUUCUCUCUUUCUCUUUAUACAUUUGAAGAAAAGCCCCUCAAAUCUCCCUCCCUGACUUUUAAAGUUCAGGUGAAGUGAGAUCUAAAAUCCCACAAUUAAAGGAAGGGAAGUAGCAUCGUAGUUCCGUUAUUUUGCGUUUUUGUAUGUGAUGCAGCAGAGAGGAAGAACUAACAAUCGCAGAUCUAGGACAUUUUCAAGAUCUCGUCUUGCCAUCGAGGGAUUUUAGCCCUUUUUCUCUCUUUCUCUUUAUACAUUUGAAGAAAAGCCCCUCAAAUCUCCCUCCCUGACUUUUAAAGGUCAGGUGAAGUGAGAUCUAAAAUCCCACAAUUAAAGGAAGGGAAGUACCAUCGUAGUUCCGUUAUUUUGCGUUUUUGUAUGUGAUGCAGCAGAGAGGAAGAACUAACAAUCGCAGAUCUAGGACAUUUUCAAGAUCUCGUCUUGCCAUUGAGGGAUUUUAGCCUUUUUUCUCUCUUUCUCUUUAUACAUUUGAAGAAAAGCCCCUCAAAUCUUCCUCUUCCAAAAGCUUGCUAGAGAUCUUCUGCAUUAACCAUGGCCGCAUACGGAGUUGUAGGAGAUGAACGAGAGGUUCAAAAGAACUAUUGGAUGGAGCACUCAGUUGAUUUAACAGUGGAGGCUAUGAUGCUUGACUCCAAAGCCGCUGAUCUUGACAAAGAAGAACGUCCCGAAGUGCUCUCCCUACUCCCACCAUAUGAAGGGAAAUCAAUUUUGGAGCUAGGAGCUGGCAUUGGUCGAUUUACUGGUGAAUUAGCUCAGAAGGCUGGUCAUGUUAUAGCUGUAGACUUCAUUGAGAGCGUUAUAAAGAAGAAUGAAAGCAUCAAUGGACAUUAUAAGAAUGUCAAAUUCCUCUGUGCUGACAUUACUUCCCCAGAUUUGAAAAUUUCAGAAGAAUCACUAGACUUGAUAUUCUCAAAUUGGCUGCUAAUGUAUCUCUCAGAUAAGGAGGUUGAGAAUUUGGCAGAAAGGAUGGUGAAAUGGUUGAAGGUUGGUGGACAUAUUUUCUUCAGGGAGUCUUGUUUUCAUCAAUCUGGUGACUGCAAGCGGAAGCACAACCCAACUCACUACCGUGAGCCCAGAUUUUACACAAAGGUCUUUAAAGAAUGCCAUGCAACUGGUGAUUCAGGAAAUUCAUUUGAACUUUCUCUAGUUGGCUGCAAGUGCAUCGGAGCUUAUGUUAGGAACAAAAAGAAUCAAAAUCAGAUUUGCUGGAUAUGGCAAAAAGUCAGUUCAGAUAAUGAUAGGAGAUUCCAGCGCUUCUUGGAUACUGUUCAGUACAAUUGUAAUAGCAUACUCCGUUAUGAGCGUGCCUUUGGACAAGGAUUUGUGAGCACAGGAGGAAUUGAAACAACGAAAGAAUUUGUGGAGAAGUUGGAUCUUAAGCCUGGCCAAAAGGUUCUAGAUGUUGGCUGUGGCAUCGGUGGAGGUGACUUUUAUAUGGCAGAGAAAUUUGAUGUCCAUGUUGUAGGCAUCGAUCUCUCCACAAAUAUGAUAUCUUUUGCUCUUGAACGAGCUAUUGGACUCCAUUGUUCAGUGGAAUUUGAAGUUGCUGAUUGCACUAAGAAGACUUAUCCGGACAACACUUUUGAUGUUAUUUACAGCCGUGACACCAUUCUACACAUUCAAGACAAACCUGCACUAUUUAGAUCAUUCUACAAAUGGUUGAAGCCAGGAGGCAAAGUUCUUAUAAGUGAUUACUGCAAAAGUGCCGGAACUCCGUCAUCAGAAUUUGCAGACUAUAUCAAGCAGAGAGGGUAUGAUCUGCAUGAUGUAAAAGCAUAUGGCCUGAUGCUUAAGGAUGCUGGUUUUGUUGAGGUUGCUGCAGAGGAUCAAACUGAUCAGUUCAUAGAAGUUCUGCAGUGUGAAUUAAGCGAAGUUGAAAAGGGCAAGGAUGCAUUCAUCUCUGAUUUUUCUCAAGAAGACUAUGAUGAUAUAGUUGGUGGAUGGAAGGCAAAGUUGAUAAGGAGCUCGUCUGGCGAGCAGAGAUGGGGCCUUUUCAUUGCCAAGAAAAACUGAUUCCAGCUUUCUCAUCUUAUGUUACUUACUGUUUCUCUAAUGAAAGUUUCCCUUCCAGUAAUAAUAAUAAGAGAAUGGGGUUAGCAAUAUGCACCUCAAAACUAUUUAAUGGCGCAAUCAUCUGAUGUUUGUAGUGACAUUAUGAACUAAAGAUCCUAUCUUUGUUAUAAUUACUCUUUUCUUUCCCUUGAAUAAGUAAUCCCCCUUCAGUAAGUUGGUAAGUAUUUGCAUUUGAAAUACAAAAACAUUUGAAUCGAA